UCCUCCUCCUCCUCCUCCUCCUCCCCAGGUGCUGCGACUCAUGUGUCAAACCGAAGACACUGCGUGUCUCGUCUCCCGUCAGGAUCCAUAAGCCUGGAGAUUGUUUUUUUGUCCUCCCAUCGGUGUCAGGACUUUGUUGUUUUUCUCGAUUUCUUUGAAGUUUUGGAGAGUUGUUUUUAUUUUUGUGUUGUGUUGGGUCGGUGUGGGUCGGCUUGGGUCAUUUUGGGUCGUUUGCGGUUGGUUUUGUUUCAAUUUUGCCCACUGCUACCUCCUCUUUCUCUGUGGACAUGGCCAAAAGUCGCUCUGUUUACCAGGGCGCGCCUCAGGUGACCGUCGGGCACUGGAGGAAACCCAGUCGAACCUCAGAUUUAUUUGAAAUGAUUGAGAAAAUGCAGGGAAACAGGAUGGAUGAGCAGAGAUGCACCCUCCCUCCCCCACUCAAAACAGAGGAGGAUUACAUUCCUUAUCCCAGCGUUCACGAGGUGCUGGGUAGGAAGAGUCCAUUCCCCCUGAUUCUGCUGCCCCAGUUCGGAGGCUACUGGAUCGAGGGGACCAAUCACGAACUGCGUAUGAGUAGCGGGGGCGGGGGCGAGCCGGAGCAGCUGCUGUCCCCCACGUCAGCCGCCUCCCAGGUCAAGCUGGAGAGCAACACCACCGCCAAGAUCUACAGGAAACAGUUCCUGGGCAAGGAGCACUUUAACUACUACUCGGUGGACAAUGCCCUGGGCCACCUCGUCUUCUCCGUCAAGUAUGACGUCAUCGGGGACCAGGAGCAUCUACGCCUAAUGCUCAGAACUAAAUUGAAAACCUAUCAUGACGUGAUUCCAAUAUCGUGCCUGACAGAAUUCCCCAACGUGGUGCAGAUGGCCAAGCUCGUCUGCGAAGAAGUGAAUGUGGACCGUUUUUUCCCAGUGCUUUACCCAAAGGCCUCGCGGCUUAUUGUCACGUUUGAUGAGCACGUCAUCAGCAACAACUUCAAGUUCGGAGUCGUCUACCAGAGAUUUGGACAGACGUCAGAAGAAGAGCUCUUCGGGAACAGUGAGGAGAGCCCGGCCUUUGUGGAGUUCCUUGAAUUCAUCGGCCAGAAGAUUGAACUGCACGACUUCAAAGGUUUCCGUGGAGGUCUGGACGUGACUCAUGGCCAGACAGGUACCGAGUCGUACUACACCAACUUCCACAGCAAGGAGAUCAUGUUCCACGUCUCCACCAAGCUGCCCUACACAGAAGGGGACACACAACAGCUGCAGAGGAAGCGUCACAUCGGUAACGACAUCGUGGCGAUACUGUUCCAGGAUGAGAACACGCCCUUCGUGCCGGACAUGAUCGCGUCCAACUUCCUGCAUGCCUACGUGGUGGUGCAGGUGGAGAACGCAUGCACCGACAACGUCAUCUACAAGGUGUCAGUGACGGCGCGGGAUGAUGUGCCAUUCUUCGGCCCAGCCCUGCCAGAUCCAGCCAUCUUCAGAAAAGGACCAGAGUUCCUGGAGUUCCUGCUCACCAAGCUCAUCAAUGCGGAGUACGCCUGCUACAAGGCAGAGAAGUUUGCCAAGCUGGAGGAGCGCACGCGGACAGCCCUGCUGGAGACGCUGUACGAGGAGCUGCACAUCAACAGCCAGGCCAUGAUGGGGCUGGGCGGGGGAGGGGAGGAGGACAAGCUGGAGAACGGAGGAGGGGGAGGAGGGGGCUUCUUUGAGUCCUUCAAGCGGGUGAUCCGCAGCCGAAGCCAGUCCAUGGACGCCAUGGGCCUCCUCACUAGCAAGAAGCCGCCCCCGGUCUCCACUAGUCACCACGGGAGUUUUAACCACAGCCUGCCAGAGACCCCCAAAGCCCCCAUGCUAUCAUUGCUUGUCCCAGGGAAAAGUCCCAGUAAAUACGGACGUCGAGGCAGCGCCAUAGGCAUAGGAACGAUAGAAGAGUCGCUUAUCAUUCCGGGAAAGAGCCCGACCCGGAAAAAGUCGGGUCCCUUCAGCUCCCGGAGGAGCAGCGCCAUCGGCAUCGAGAACAUCCAGGAGGUGCAGGAGAGGAGCUGCCGGGAGUGCUCGCCCAGCAUUCAGAAGACACCGGACAGUGGCCACGCCUCCCAGGACCCCAAGUCAGACAACUCGUCCAAUCAGAGCUCUCCAGAGGUGGUCACCGCCAAGAGCAGUUCUGCACUGGUUUGCAGGGCUCCAUCUAUCCCGGAGGAUCCCAACCUGUCGCGCUCCUCGUCCAACGCCAGCAGCUUUGCCAGCGUGGUGGAGGAGAACGAGACCGAGGCCACAGAGGACUAUGACACCGGCAUGGAGAGCCUAUCGUCAGCUGGGACGCCACACAAGAGGGACUCGUUCACGUACAGCACGUGGCUGGAGGACAGCAUGAGCAGCGCCAGCAGGGGGAGCUCUCCUGCAUCCAAUAGACCGGACGCAGCCAAGACAGAAGCCAAGCCAGGAGUCAAGCUGGAGCGGCCCAACAACCACAAGUCAUCACCUCCCUCAUCGAACUGCUAGCCUCUCCAAACCCAAUUGCUUCAUGGAUGUCCAUCCACAGCAUUCCCAUAAGAAACACUCUUGUCAAGGAGACUCUGAACAGUGGUGGCGGUAGUGGAGGGCUUUGCCAUAACCAUGACGACGACGAUGCUGAGGAUGAGAGGGAGGAGGAAGAUGGAGGAUGCCCAUUGGCCGGCAGUGCUGGUGUACCAAGCGGGCUGGGAGGAAGUAAAUCGCUCGGUGUCUCCGCCCCUCUCUACACCCCUGACCGCUGGCUUCUCCCUUGGAGCCGCCGUCAUGUGACCUUGCAAAUCACAUGACCCAGUCCCUCUACACCAGGAUUCUAUAGCCUACUGGUUGGGAGUCUCAGUCCCUGCGACCUCUACCCUUAUUCCCCAUCCCCAAACUUAUCCUUUCCACCCCACGGAAGACCCAAUGUCCCAAUACCACUACCCGAGGCUACAGGGUCAGAGCUUAGGCCUACACCCCCUUCCUCUUCCCCCCACCCCAUAUCCUGUAACACCCCCUCCCACACACACACACUGCCCCCCAUUGAGACCGAGAGAGACCUCAUGUGCACUGUGCUCGUUCCUUUUCCUUGUCCUUCUUCUGUCCUUCAGUGGCCUGUUCAUUCCAUAUGGUUAUUACCUGUAUUAGCCCUCUGUCUAAUGUUUAUGUUUCUUUUCUUGGGAGUAUUUGGGUCUAUUUCUCUGAAGGCACUUCUGUCCAUGGAACCAAUUUUCAGGAGUGACUGACUGGCGUGGAUAACAGUGGAUUCCAUGCUCAUGUAGCAUGAUGUGUUGUGAAUGAAAAAGGUGUGCGACGAACGUAGUGAAGGAGAUUCAUUUUAGAAGAUAUAGAAGAGUGAUUCUUUGCGAAUAAAACAUGAAGGAAAAAUGUAAGUUUUAAGACAUAUUUUCGCUACAUUUUGGUUUUGUAAUUCAGAUGUCAUCAGAUACGUACGUAUGCUUCUCAGUGAUGUGCACGUCUAGUCAUUUGUGAAUACGACACCACAGCUGUUGGGCUUUACUGUAAUUGGACAUAUUCGGGGCUGGUAAGGUUACAGUGACCAUAUGUAUUACUAACAUGUUGAAUUUAAAAAUGUACAAAUCAGAAGAGAAAAAACGGUGAAAAAAUGUAAAUUACACUACAUGCCAAAACCCCUUUCACGCAUCUUGCUAGAAUGGAAAUGAUUUUGUGUUUGUGUUACUGAAUUGUGUGUCAUUCAAAGAAAAGAGAUGAUGUUGCCUUAACUGUAAAAAAAGAAAACUGCAGUUCAUAAAUCCUUAAAAAAACUACCAAGAGCCAACUGUGCACCACACUACUUUUCCCCAGCAACUAGGAAGCUGGAGUGAGUAUAAAGCUUAAUAUGAAGUCUAUGUGAAGUGUUUUUUUUGUUUUUUUGUUUGUUUUACUGUAUAUCUUAGAAGCACCACCGUGAUGUCUCUCACCAUGGCUUGUCAUACUGAUUUGAUGUUUCAAUAUAGCCUACCACAACUCUUGGGGAUGGUUCAAAUGAACCAGAGGUAGCUGUGGCCUAGCCUCAUCAACUUUCAAAUCUCUUUGAGACUUGGUCUGACCAAGAGCAUAACAAUUAACGUUUCCCAAACGGCAUGGUUUGCUACUGGUUGACUGGUGUCCAACAAAGUGGGUAGAGUUCCCAAUUUUUCGGGAGAUCAGAAACGUUAUUUACAUUGCUCUUGGCCUAAGGCUGUGGCCAGGCUAGCUGUGACUUAUUCUUCCCCUCUAUACAGAACAUGACCCCAUUUUGACAUUCCUUUCAGGCCAUGCCAGACGUUGGACAUCAUGUGUUAAAAAACAAGGAAGCAAGGGAUAUUGUUGUGUCAAUCCAGUCCUUCAUGUGAAGGCGUGUAUCCCUAUCCUACGUGCCAUCCUCUUCACAGACAAUUACCAGGAUUAUAUACUAAUAGAUUUGUGUUUCAAAUGUUGUUUUGGAGACCUAGUGCUAAUACUUCUUCUACGGUGUAUUCCUGUUUUCACAGGCUUGUGAAGCUUCUAGAGUUGUUGUCAUGCAAAAAAAAGAGAGGUGCUUCAAAUGUGUCACAAUGUGCUCGUAAGCUGCUCCCACUCCUGACUAAACCGUCCUGUCCAGAGCCCUCUGUAGAUAAAAUAAAUACAGUAAAUGCCUGGGUAUGAUACAUACCGGUGAUAAUGUCAUAACUGCCAAAAUACUAAUAAUGAGCAAAAUGUGCAAUGUGAUAUGUGCCCUCAAAGCUUAUUUGACAUCAAUUCAAUUGAUUUAAGGAUUUCUUUUUGUACAAUUGGUUAAAUGACCAUGAGGAUCUAUUCAAUGCUGAGAAGUGAUGUAAUUCAUAUGCCUCGCCAUUCGAAUACCAUGGUAGUUCCAGUAAGUCCACAGAAAAUUUAAACUCCUUUUGAAUGUAGCAGAUUAAUGUAUUGGUUGGUGACUGAUAUUAUUGAUUGCCCGAAUGCUUUAAAAAAAAAAAACUGAACUGCCUUUUGUGCUUUGUAUGCUUUUGGUCAUGAUUUUUAGUCUCUUGUUUUGCGAAAACGCCAUGAAAUUAAGCAUUUUGAGCGCAAUGUCUCAGUCCUUCCCUUGCUUUACCUGUCAACACUGAAGGGUCGUCGUGCAUGCUGGCAUGGUAACACGGUAACCAGAGGCGGUUAUGCCCUCUGUGCUUCUCAAGACUUCAUUUAAUGUAAUGUCCUUCACAAAAGAUGAGAUUGUCAAUAAAAAUAUAUUAUUGAAAGAAAUUUACGAUUAUUAUUAUUGCUACUGUUGUUGUUAUUAUUAUUGUUAUUGUUACUACAGAUUUUGUUUCAUUUAAUGGCUGUAAGGAUUGAUUUUUUUAUCGAAUUUGAUUUCAGUUCUGUGCCAUUUUGAGGUGAUCAUGUCUGUAAUUUAUGGAUCAUUGUCCUGUUUGUGUGGAUUAAUAAAGCACAACAUUCAUGAUUGUAAAACAGGGUACGAUCUAUUGGGAUAUCUAGAAAAUACAUGAAGCUGCCCUCCAUUUACUGAUGUUAUUUGUGACUUUAUCUCCUGUAAGAUGUUGAACUGUAUAUAGUGCUUUUUGUAUAUAUUGCAAAGAAUUAAAAAUAAAGAAAAGCAAG